AUGGCAAUGAACAUCUUGGUUUUAGGUAAUGGUGGCAGAGAGCAUGCGCUAGUUUGGAGAUUGGCUCAAUCCAAGAGCGUGGGAAAGGUUUAUGUUGCACCUGGUAACGGUGGCACAGCAUCUAUGGCGGAUGAGAAGGUUAUCAACGUCCCAGAGCUGAGCCCUUCUCCAGCUGACUUCCAGAAAUUGGCAGACUUUGCAUUGGACAAGGGAAUCAAUCUGGUGGUUCCAGGCCCAGAGCAGCCUUUGGUCGAUGGGAUCUCUGAGAUCUUUUACAAAAUUGGUGUCCCAGUCUUCGGACCUUCAGCUAAGGCUGCCAUCUUUGAAGGCUCAAAGAUUGUGUCCAAGAACUUCAUGGCCAAGCAUAAUAUCCCAACGGCCCGCUACGCAACUUUUUCGAGCUACGACGAGGCCAAGAAAUACCUAGAUAAGGUAGACUACAAUGUGGUCUUGAAAGCUGACGGUAUUGCAGCUGGUAAAGGUGUUUUGAUUCCUACCACGAAGGAGGAGGCACAAGAGGCUUUGAAGACGAUUAUGGUCGAAAGACAAUUUGGCUCUGCAGGUGAUGCAGUUGUUAUCGAGGAGUUUUUGGAAGGUGACGAAAUUUCAAUUUUGACCAUAUCAGAUGGCCACGUAUACUACAAUUUCCCCCCAGCUCAGGAUCACAAGAGAAUCGGAGAAAAUGACACUGGGUUGAACACUGGUGGUAUGGGAGCCUAUGCGCCAGCACCAGUUGCCACCCCCAAACUUUUGCAGCAGAUCGACUCAGAGAUUAUCAAGCCUAGUAUUGAUGGUAUGAGAAAGGACCGUCUACCUUUUGUCGGUGUUCUUUUCACCGGUAUUAUUCUGACCAAAGACGGUCCAAAGGUUUUGGAGUACAACGUUAGAUUUGGUGACCCAGAAACUCAGACUGUCCUUCCCUUGCUAAGCGAAGACACUGACUUGGCUGAAGUCUUCUUGGCUGCGGCCGAACAUAGACUGGAUUCCGUUGAGAUCAAAAUUAAGGAGAACGCAUACGCAACAACUGUUGUACUCGCAGCUGGUGGCUACCCAGAGAGCUAUGCAAAAGGAGAUCUAAUCACAGUUGAUAAGGACAGAUUGCCUAAAGAUUCCUUCAUUUUCCAUGCCGGUACUGCUCUUAAGGAGAAUGGUUCAAUUGUCACCGCUGGUGGUAGAGUAAUUGCUGCCUCAGCUGUAGCUCCCACCUUAAGAGAAGCAGUUGACAAAGCGUAUCAAGCCGUUGACUGCAUAAAAUUCAACAACCGAUACUUCAGAAAAGACAUUGCUCACCGUGCAUUUAAGGCUGCCGAGAACUUACCAAGUGGUAUUACAUAUGCUGACUCAGGUGUUUCUGUCGAUAAUGGAAACUUGUUUGUUCAAAAGAUUAAGGAUAAAGUGAAAUCUACUAGAAGACCAGGUGCUGACUCCGAUAUCGGUGGAUUCGGUGGACUUUUCGACUUGAAGAAAGCAGGAUAUGACGAUAUCGAAGACACUUUACUAGUGGCAGCCACCGACGGUGUCGGUACCAAGCUAAUGAUUGCGCAAGAAACAAACAUUCACAACACGGUCGGUAUUGACUUGGUCGCCAUGAAUGUUAACGAUUUGGUUGUGCAAGGUGCAGAACCAUUGCUGUUCCUCGAUUAUUUCGCCACAGGCGCAUUGGACAUAAAGAUCGCUUCUGACUUCGUUUCCGGUGUUGCUGACGGUUGCAUUCUAAGUGGUUGCGCUCUAGUUGGCGGAGAAACUUCUGAAAUGCCUGGUAUGUACCCAGCAGGUCAUUACGAUACUAAUGGUACCGCUGUUGGUGCUGUUAGAAAACAGGAUAUCUUACCCAAGAUCGACGAAAUGGAGGCCGGCAAUGUCCUGCUCGGUCUAGCAUCUGAUGGCGUUCAUUCCAAUGGCUUUUCGCUUGUAAGAAGAAUUAUUGAGCAUGUUGGAAUUUCUUGGGAUGCCCAAUGUCCAUGGGACGCCGACAAGACACUUGGUGAAGCAAUCUUGGUUCCAACAAGGAUCUAUGUCAAGCAAUUGUUACCAUCCAUCAGGGAGAAACUCCUUCUUGGUUUGGCCCAUAUCACAGGUGGUGGACUAAUUGAGAAUAUUCCUCGUGCUUUGCCACCACAUCUACAAGCGAAAGUUGACAUUUCUGCAUGGGAAAUCCCACAGGUCUUCAAGUGGUUUGGGAAGGCAGGUAACGUUCCCCUAGACGAUAUACUGAAGACUUUUAACAUGGGUAUUGGUAUGGUUCUUAUAGUGAAGAGAGAAAACGUCAGCCGCGUGAGGCAACUAUUAGAGGAAGCCAAUGAAACGGUCUACGAAAUUGGGUCUUUGGUGGCAAGAGAAGAAAACCAACCAGGCUGUGUUGUAGAGAACGCUAACAAUCUAUACUAG